UGUGCGGACCUGAGCCGAACCCAGCGAAACCUGCUGGUCUGUGAGCGGUCAUUUUUGGACGAAAAGAACCGGGUCAGCUCCCAGGUGGAGCAGCUGCGCUUCAACUACAAGGUAUCUGUGCUGCUACCUGAGUGUGGCUCCGCCCCCUCUCACCUGGAGUCCAUCCUGAACAGCUUCAGCAGCUUCUUCCUGCUCAAGCAGCUGCCAUUAUAUGAGCUGCUGGACAAAGACUUCCUGCAGAGCGCUGUGUACCAAGGCAGCGUGUACGCUCUGUCUUUCAGAACUCGGAUCGACGAGGAUAACUGCGUUGCUCUGAUGCCAAACGGUCACCUGGUGUUCUCUCUGGAUAAGGACGCCUUCGAAACUCUGGGCCUUGAGGGCCAACCUUCCAGAUCCAACAGAACCAGCAGCAGAUACGAGGUCACGGUGGACCUGAGGGAUGGCAGGAUGGCUCCGGGUGGGCGGGGCUACCUGAGGCUGCUCCAGGCUCUGACGUCACGCCUGAAGCUGCAGAUGGACUUCCUGAUCUCGCAUCAUCCGGGGGGCAGGGCCUCGCUGCGCCCCCUCCUAUCUCGCUGCAGUUGGUCGGAACGCAGACCGGCGGUCGGCUGUCGUGCCCUGAGCCACUUGGUCUGCCCCGCCUUACGGUCAUGUGACCCCCACGACCUCCUGGAGUGGAUCGGCGCCGUGGACGCCGCCGUCAGCCGUGAGAAUUCAUCCAGUGACUUCCUGUCUACGCUCACCUGUCUGGAACCGGAGGCGACCGUGAGCCGGGCGGUGAGCGUGUCGGCCUGCGGCCUGCUGCUGCCGCAGGACCUGCAGCACCUGGUGGAGGAGCUGAGGCGUCACCUGCAGGAGGCCACCGACUCCUGGGCUUCUGUGACGGUUCAUGGCUUCACCGACAGUCCGGUGUCCUGGGGCGACGGCGAGCGCGAUGUCCUGACCGGAGGUCACGACCUCUACAACUUGCUGAUGUUCCCCGACCACACAUACCGCCUGCACCUGGCUGCUGGGGCACAGAACACCUGCCCGCCUUGAGGCAUUCGCCCGCUCUGAUGGACUUCCCUACCACCUCCAACGUCCAGCCGGGCCUCAGAGGUGGCGGGCCCCUAACGUCCCAGAUUCUGAUGGUUCGGUUCUGGUCUGUA